GCAACCACGCUCACCGCCGUGCCCGCACCCCGAAUCGCAGAGCUAAUAACGCCACUUGAUGCAGAUUUCCCAAACCCUACUCUGCUCGGUCUCCGGCGCGCGAGCCGCCGCCUCCGACGAACCAUAACGCUUCUUACUACGUCCACGAGAUAGCUGUUGGUCAAUAUGGGUAGCAAAGGUCGAAUACCACCACCACAUCUGCGGCGGCCUCAUCCUGGUCCUGGCUUGUUGCACCCAGAUGUAUUUGGUCCAGGCAUCCAUCCUCCGCCUGGUGCAUUUCCUUUUGACAUGCUGCCACCUCCAGAGAUUAUGGAGCAGAAGCUUGAUGCACAACAUGUGGAAAUGCAAAGACUUGCAAUGGAGAACCAAAGAUUCAUGGCUACCCAUUCUUCUUUAAGGCAUGAAUUAGCUGCUGCCCAGCAGGAGUUGCAGAGAUUGCAGACCCACAUGGGUGUUAUGCAAGCUGAGCAAGAGCAACAGCUAAGGAUGCUCAUGGAUAAGAUCACAAAGAUGGAAGCUGAUUUGAAAACUUCUGAGCCUGUUAAAGCAGAGUUGCAACAGGCACAUGCAGAAGCUCAAAGCUUGGUUGCUGCAAGACAGGAACUAAUCUCCAAGGUGCAACAGCUGACGCACGAUCUGCAGAGAAGCCAUGGUGAUGUCCAGCAAAUCCCAGCUUUGAUGUCUGAACUUGAGGCUCUUAGACAAGAUUAUCAACAUUGCAGGGCUACAUAUGAUUAUGAGAGGAAACUGCGCAUUGAUCAUUAUGAGUCUCUACAAGUAAUGGAGAAAAACUAUGUCUCAAUGGUGAGGGAGGUAGAAAAGCUACGUGCCGAAUUGACAAAUGCUACUAACCUUGACAGAAGUGGUGGGCAAUUUGGAACAAAUUCUGCUACUCACAAGGAAAAUGAUGCAUCUGGACAUCAGCCUAUAGGACAAAAUGCUUAUGAAGAUGGUUAUGGAGCUCCUCAGGGACAUGGUCCUGGCAGUACAGUUCCUUAUGGUGGUGUCGUUGGUUCUGCCUCAGCACAUACCGCCCAGAGAGGCCCUGAAUAUGAUCCUUCUAGAGGUCCGAGUUAUGAUGCUUCAAGAGCUGCAGCCUAUGAUACUGCUCGAGGUGACAGCUACGAGGGACACAGGGGCACCGGUUACGAGGCCUUUACAGCUUCUAGAUAUGAUGCUUCUAAAGGAGCAGGUGUGGUUCCGGGAGCAGUUGUCGCAGGAAAUCCUCCCUAUGGGUCAGCACAUGCGCCACCAUCUUAUGGAGUUCCACCUGCCUACGGUUCAACACAACAAGUAACAUAUGGCUCCGGGCAGACACCGACAGCCUAUGGUUCAUCACAAGGGUCCAGGCAGACUCCAGCAGCCUAUAGUUCGACACAACAAGCAACGUAUGGAUCUGGGCAGACACCAACUCGUGCCGGAGGUGGCUAUGAAGCACCUCGUGGUGGAAACACCCUUCGUAGAUAAAAUGGAAAUGGUCCUAGAGAGGGUUCUCUCAAUGUCAGACAUCUCUGCGAUUCCUAUUUGGGACCUGACUUCAUCGACGUAAAGCUUCUAUAAUGGGGCUGGCAGUGAAUCCGAAGACAUGAAUACAUGCAUUGGCUGUUCAUUUCUAAGUUCAUGAUCUUCAUGCCCACCUUGCUAUUAGAACUCAAAUGCUUCUCAUUUUUAAUGUGUGGUUGCUUGGAUACAUUCAUGAAUUCUCUGCUUUUCACCAUGUAACUUAAUGAGGAGGAGAAAGUGCCUUGGUCAGUUAACCAAAGCCCAUUGCUGAGAUCUUCUUUGAGUUC